UUAAGGAUAUGGCACUUAAUCUUUUAAAAGGUGUGACAUCAUCAAGCACCAAAUUAGUUUUAAGACAAAUCAAUCCCCCAUCUUCAGAUUCCUCUACUGAAAUGUUAAAUGAAAUUGGUACUACUGAUCAGGCAAUUGGAGAUGUUACAGCAGAGAUUAUGAUAACAACGAUAGGAAAAAUACCAAGCGAAAUGUAUUAUCUAGAAGAUACUGCAUCAAACAUAGGAACAAGUAUAAGUCAAACAAGUGUAUCCCGUUCCGUGAACGAUGUUAUUCAUACCACGAUAAAAAGCAAUAUUACUGUGACUGGAUAUACGGCUCGUUCCGUAGUGUUUCUUAUAUUAACCAUCGCAUGUUUGAUUCUUUUAUUUCUAUGUUGCAUCACAGCAUGUAUGAUAUCAAAAACAAGAAAGAAAAGCUACUUUUUUAGUAGAAACGAUAUUGAUUGUGAUCCAGAAUGUAAUGGAUUAAAUCGGCCACUUCUUCGAACGGAAAAAGUGUCGGAUACAACCAGUAAAACAAGUAGUAGCUAUUUGAAAAAAUGAUAAAUUACUGAGAAAUAUCAAAGCGUAGGAAGUAUGUAAUGUUCAUACUAAAAAUGGACGUCUUAGAAAUUUCGCGCCAGAAAUGCAAACUACUCUAACCUCUAAAUUUGCACGCUUUGUAUUACUUAAAUAUCCGUACCGUAUUUUAUUGGGAAAUAUUUAAUUGACAAAAGCAAUCUUUCAUAACAAAAACUAGUAAACAAGAGAAAUUACAGGGCAUUUGUCGGAUGAAAUACAAAUAUCAUGAGCAUGAUAUAACCUAAAAUAACGUGAGUUACCUAGCUUGAUCGGUGUGGGAGCUGCAGUUGCUGUCGAACCAAAACUAAAGGAAGAAGCCGGUGCUGAUGUGGAUGU